AAAAACAAAAUCAUAAUGGCGUUGACCAUGAAGAGUUGCUAUUGGAUCGGAGCUCUGGACAAAAGUAGAAAAUGGCAACACCUUCCAAAUUAUACAGCAGCUGCUCUCUGUUAAUGGCGUUUCUGUUUGCUUAUUCCACAGCUGUUCAGUUUAACGAUCCUGAUUGGUAUUUGUGGGUUCCACUUUAUGGCUGUGCUUGUGCUGUGAAUCUUCCCAACUGGGUUAUCUCCUCAGAAACCAUAGGUUAUGUUGCCAAGGCUACACUGGGACUUGGAAUUUAUUUGUGGGUAAAAGUGGUAGCAGAGGAUUAUGUGAAUGGAAUUGCAGGGUUUCUCUCUCUAGAUUUAAGUGAGAGAGUGGUGAGGGAGAAAACAGGAAGUGGAUUGGUUAUGGCUUCCAUGAUUUUAGUGCUAAUGGCAGAAUCACCAUCCCCAAAACUUCACAGAACAUCAAAAAGUUUAAGGCCCUUUCCAAGAUAUCUCCCAUGUGGAAUGGCAACGUUGGUGGCAUUUAGUUAUGGGCUUCCCGUUUUCUUCUUCUUGGUUCAGAAGGGGAAAAUGAAAUUCUGAAUCAUGUUGGACAAAUUUUACUCUCAAAACUUCAAAUGGGAGAGAAUAUUUUUCAGAAGUUC